AAAGCACUGGUCGCAUUACCUUCAAUUACCUGGCCCAGCGCACUACGGACAACAUUUCAACCGCGAACCCGAAAGCAAUGGCUACAGAGGAAGAGGCCCAGGACCUCCGUCGUCUCCAGGAUGCCUAUACGAUAAUCAACGCGCAGGUUGAUCAAGAGGCUCAGAUGGGCGACGACCAUACCCUCGACGUGACUGUGCAGUCUUAUGUCCCUGUCCUUACCUUUCGCUACAUUAACACGACAAUACCUUUGACACAUAUCGAAGCUGAGAUGCAUCGUCUCUGGCACACUGUCAUCUAGGCGGCGAAAAACUGGAACGCCGCCAACGCGAAACACGAUACUCUUGUGCG